AUGACAGAAAAAGGACAAGGUUUGUUUCAUGAAGAAGUGGAAAGAUAUUCAGUAAAACUUGCUCGAAUACGCAGGCUCAUCGAUGAAAAUAUUCUUGUCAUUGAACAUACGGAAAACGAGGAUACCAAGAAACUGACCCAAGAUCUCAUUAAGAAAAACUUUGCUGAGUAUGUGACAUUGCAUGAAACUUUUUGUGACUAUCUCAAGAGGGCACAUACAGAGGACAGUUUAAAUGAGCUACAGUCUCAGACACUCAUUUAUGACACUGUGCAGUUAAAAGUGAAGGGAGCUCUACACUUACAGGAAGAAUCAGUGAAACAACUUCUUACUCAAGAAAUGGAGAAAUCGGUGAAAGUAAAGAAAGUUUCUUCAACACGGACAAGAUCAGUAAAAUCAACUCGUAAAUCUCUGAGAUCACAAACAAGCAGUGCAGCAUCAGACCUAUAUUUACAGCUGAAAAUAAAAGCAGAAACAGCAAGAAAAAAAUUGGAAUAUGUUGAUAAAGAAAGUGAACUUAUAUGUCAAAGAGCGAAGGUGGAGGCAGAGGCCCUCAUGCAGAAGGCCAACUUUGAUAGCCAAUUGAUGCACAUGAAAGCAGAAGAGGACAAAGAAGUUGCUGAAAUUAGCAUGAAGAUUCUCGAGGAGGAACUUCAAGAUCAUAGUGUGGCUAGUGAAAGUGAACAAAGUGACUGGACUACAUCGCACACAAACCGGUAUGUUGUAAAUCAGAGUGUACAUGUUGAGAACAAUGAGAAGGAGGCUGAUAGAGUAAGACUGUUAACACCUAAACCAGAUUUACCCCCUGUGCAAACUCCAUUUGUAACAAUGAGACCAACAUUAUCUAACAUGGUCACCCCACCACCUGUUACCCCACCAGACAGUAGACUGAAUCCCCGUGCUGAACUCUUUGUUCCAGAGAGGCGGGAGGGCUGUGUGUCGCGAUUGAGUAUGAGUGAUCAGAACAAGACAGUUGAACAAAAUCGAGCAUUUGUGGAUAUGACAAACUUUUUGACUAAGAAAAGUUUCAUCUUAGAACGAGUGAAACCAUUUGCUGGUGACCCUGAGAUCUACUUAGCAUGGAAAUCUACUUUCAAGGAAGUGAUGAGUGAAAUUGAUGCAUCUCCAUCUAUUGAACUUGACCUCAUGAUACACAACCUCAAAGGACAGCCAUAUGAACAAGUGAAGAGUAUUAAGAACUCCAAUACUAGUGAUUCAAUUCGUGCAAUUCAAAAAGCAUGGGAAAGACUAGAUUCAUAUUAUGGCAGUCCAGAUCGUAUUGCAAAGGCUUUAAAGAGGAAGUUAUGGGACAUUAUUGAGAAAUUUGACUUUAGCAACAAGCUGGAAUAUUUUUGUCUUUCAGACACCCUGAAUGAAAUCAAUGCUGUUAAAGACAAUCCAAAGUACAGCAAGACUUUGAGCUACUUUGACACAUCUGAUGGAGUAAACCCUGUGUUACGUAAAUUUCCCAAGAACUUUCAGAACAAAUGGCGUGAUAAGGCGAUCAGCUACAAAAGGAAUAAUGAUGUGGUGUACCCCCCAUUCAGUGUAUUUUGUACCUUUGUUCAAGAUAUGGCAUACAUAAUCAAUGACCCGGGAUUUGAUUUUGAUGAUCCACCACAAGAAAAAAAAUCGCAGCGACUUGAUUCAGCAAGUUAUUCAGGAUCACGGACAAAAUCAAACAAACAGUUUCACAAACAGGCUGUUAAUUCCAAUAAAACAGCUGUGUCGGAAGAUGACGAAAGAGUGCGCUGUGCACUCCACAACUCAUCCCACUCUACUAGAGACUGUAAUGCCUUCCGCACAAAGAGUAUUGGUGAGAAAAGGGACAUUUUAAGGAAGCAUGGUCAGUGUUUUAAGUGCUGUGAUGGAAAACAUUUGUCAAAGGACUGUCGUGUGUAUGUGAAAUGUAACACUUGUGGUAGCAGACAUCACUGCACUGCUAUGCAUGAUAACACAUCAAAUCAACCCUCUCAGAAUCAUGGCGGGGAGAAACUGACAAGUGAAAAACCGACACUACAACGACAGAUAGCACGGACUGAAACUGCGGCACACGUUAAUGCAGCUUGUACAGAAAUCUGCGGAAAUUUUAGAGGCAAAUCGUGUGCUAAGAUUGUCCUAGUCAGCAUUCACCACCGACUUCGUGAACACCCACCAGUUAAUGUGUACGCCAUACUUGAUGAACAGAGCAACAAGUCACUAGCUAAACCUGAACUUUUUGAAAUAUUUGACCCAAACAGUACUUGCGAAUCAUACAAACUAUCUACAUGUAGUGGAUCCUCAGUAGUGAGUGGCAGACGUUCUCAUGGCUUUGUUAUCAACUCAUUGAACAAUCAGACUACAUUCAAUUUACCGACUUUGAUUGAGUGUGACGCUAUUCCUAACAAUCGUCAUGAAAUUCCAACCUGUGAUGUGGCCAUUCAUUAUCCUCAUCUUACUAAGAUAGCAGAUUUUAUUCCACCUAUUGACAAUGCGGCAAACAUAUCAUUACUCAUUGGCAGGGAUCUCUUGAGUGCACAUCAUGUCCUUGAGCAGAUAAGAGGCGAUCCAUCUCAGUCGUAUGCUCAACGUCUAUCAUUAGGUUGGGUAAUUAUUGGAGAGACGUGUUUAGAUGGAAUACACACACCUAAAUCUGCUGAUGUUAUGAAAACUAUGUUGUGUUCGACUUCUGAACAACCAUCCAUUGGCAUUUUGAUGCCAUGCGACCAUAAGAUGCAUGUUUCAGAAUGUGUUGAAAAACAAUCAGUAUUUAAGAGAACCAGUACAGACAACCAACCGUCAUUAUCUUGUGAAGAUAGAGAAUUCUUGGCUCAGAUGGACAGUGAUAUGAAAAAAGAUUCUUCAGGGCAUUGGAUUGCUCCCUUACCCUUUAAAAGGACACGACCUAUUUUACCAAACAAUCGACAGCAAGCAUUGGAUAGAGCCAUUAGCCUGGACAGAAGUUUGAUUAAGAACUCAACCAAGAAAACUCACUUUCUUGAAUUUAUGAGAAACUUGUUUGAAGCGGGUCACAUUGAGUUAGCACCGCAACUUCCACCAAACACCGAGUGUUGGUACUUACCUCUGUUUGGUGUUUAUCACCCCCAGAAGAAAGACAAAAUCCGUGGAGUUUUUGACUCCUCUGCAAAGUGUGGUGGACUAUCACUUAACGAUGUCCUAAUGAGCGGACCAGAUCUAAUGAAUAACUUAGUGGGUGUAUUAAUGAGAUUCAGAAGAGAAUGUGUAGCAAUAGUUGCAGACAUAGAACAGAUGUUUUAUAGUUUCCUGGUGGACAUUCAACAUAGACGUUACUUGAGAUUCAUUUGGCAUAACGACAAUUGUUUUGAACAACCUCUGGUGGACUACCAAAUGAAAGUACACGUCUUCGGUAAUAGUCCCUCCCCUGCGGUGGCGACUUAUGGACUACGUCGUACGGCUGAUGUCGCAGAGGCACAGUAUGGUUCAGAUAUGAAAAACCUCGUGCAUCGUAAUUUCUACGUAGAUGAUGCUCUUUCUUCUCAUUCAUCGGCAAAAGAGGCAAUAGAUCUACUUCAACGUACUAAGAAGGCUUUGAUAGAACAUGGCUGUUUGCGGCUACACAAGAUAGCAUCCAACUCUAGUGAAGUUUUAUCUGCCUUCGAUUCUCAGGACCUGGCUAAAGAUUUGAAAGACACAGAACUGUGGGCAGAUGAUCUACCAACACAGAGGAGCUUAGGAAUCUGUUGGAACCUUCAAUAUGACAAUUUCAUAUUCAAAGUAAACAUGGAGGAGAAACCAUUUACUAGACGUGGCGUCCUCUCUUCUAUCAACAGUUUGUUUGAUCCACUUGGAUUUGUUGCACCUGUGACAAUUGCAGGAAAGAGUAUUCUACGUGAAGCUAUGACAAGUGGGUUAGACUGGGAUGAACCUUUGCCACAUGAUUUCCUUCAAAAGUGGACAACAUGGAAAUCAUCCUUGAAAGAUUUAGAAAGUUUGCAAAUCCCUCGUACAUUUGGUGAGGUGUCUGUCAGUAAGGCAAGUUUCGCAGAAUUACUGAUAUUCUCAGAUGCUUCAACCAUGGCCAUUGCAGCUGUUGCGUUUCUCAGACUUGCUUCAGACACAGGGAAGGAGCAACUUGGUUUCGUUAUGGGGAAAGCUAAACUGGCACCUAAACAUGGACAUACUGUUCCAAGAUUGGAAUUGUGUGCGGCCGUAUUGGCAACAGAACUGUAUGAACUUAUCUCCUCAGAGAUUGAUACUAACUUUGACUCGAUUCGAUUUUUUACAGACAGUAAGGUAGUCUUGGGCUACAUUAGAAAUGAAACUAAGCGCUUUUUCACCUACGUGGCCAACCGAGUAGAAAGAAUUCGCAAAUCAAGUGAACCGAAAGAUUGGAAUUAUAUUCCAACGAAAAUAAAUCCAGCAGAUGAAGGGACCCGAUCAGUGGUAGUGAAGGAAAUGCAAACCAGUCUCUGGUUGAACGGUCCACAUGAAUUACUAGAUAGCAGCAAAAAUGAACAGUAUGACCUUGACAUUGAUUGUGAUCCGGAAGUCAGUUCUUGUAGAACGGAUGUACAAAGUAUUUGUCAACUAGGAUGUCAUCGCUUUGAAAGAUUUUCAGAUUGGCAGCGACUGACUCGAGCUAUAUGUUUCAUUCAGAAGAUAAUACAAAAGAGAAAAAUGGUGAAGAGUGAUGACAACAAAAAUCAAACCCCACUUACAUUGCAGGGAGCUGGACUUUUUAUCAUUCAUUUGAUGCAGGAAGAGGCCUUUGUUGAAGAAAUUGCAGCUCUCAAGACAGGCAGAACUGUAAACCGUAGAAGUCCUGUUUUCAAAUUAGACCCUUACAUGGAUGAAGCUGGAUUCCUCAGAGUAGGAGGCAGACUACGUCAUUCUAAUUUGAUGCCUCAAGAGAAGAAUCCACUGAUCAUUCCAAAAAAGAGCCAUAUUGCCAAUUUGCUUGUGGAUCACUUUCAUCGAGAAGUGAAACAUCAAGGACGCUUAUUCACAGAAGGAGCAAUUAGAAGUGCAGGAUACUGGAUAGUAGGAUGUCGUCGUCGAGUGAACUCUCAUAUACAGAAGUGUGUAACUUGUAGAAAGUUGCGAGGCAAACAACAACAACCAAAAAUGGCCGACAUCUUUGAAGCACACUUUCAUCCUGGACCCCCUUUUACACAUAUUGGAGUGGACGUAUUUGGACCCUGGUCCAUUGUAACCCGAAAAACACGAAGCGGUCAGGCUCAAGCUAAGAGAUGGGCAGUAAUAUUUACUUGUUUGGUGAUACGAGCAGUCCACAUUGAAGUAAUAGAGGAAUUGAGCACUUCUAGCUUCAUCAGUGCAUUACGUCGUCUUACAGCCCUUAGAGGUGAAGUACGUACCAUUUGCUCAGACCGUGGCACUAACUUUGUAGGAGCCACUUCGGAAAUGAAUAUCAACAAGAUUGACAUCGACAAUGCACAGCUGAAAGACUUCAUGACUAGGAAAGAAAUUCAGUGGAAGUUCAACCCCCCACACGCUUCACACAUGGGUGGGGCCUGGGAGCGGCUGAUAGGUGUCUCUAGGAGGAUAUUGGAUUCUCUGCUCACCGAUCCUAAAGUGACAAGACUUACUCAUGAAGUUCUGGUGACCUUCAUGGCAGAGGUAUGCUCUGUUAUCAAUGCGCGCCCUCUGAGUGGUAUUUCAUACGACCCAGAUUCACCCAUUCCUUUGUCCCCCGCAACGUUACUUACCUUGAAAACAAAACAUGUGGUAGACUCUUUCAACUUAGAAGAGUUUACAGCAAAGGAUUUGAUGAAGGACCAGUGGCGCUGUGUACAACAACUUUCGAAUUGUUUUUGGAAAAGGUGGAAAAUGGAAUACCUUUCUUCACUCCAACAGCGGAUGAAAUGGCAACAGGAUGAAAGAAAUCUUCAAGUUGGUGAUAUCGUCCUUCUUCGUGAUAAGACCCUUCAUCGCAAUGAUUGGCCGAUGGGAAUUAUUGAGAACACAUAUCCUAGUGUUGACUCUCGUGUCCGCAAGGUAGAUAUUCGUUUCGGCUCAGACAGGAAGAUUUUCAAACGUCCAGCAACGGAAGUUGUGCUUCUUAUGCCAAACAAACAGUAA